ACUACAAUGUCUUUCGAUAUUUCUUCGUUGGAAUCUGUUCAACACUAUCUUCUCGACCUUGAACACGAUUCCAACACUCUCACCAAUGUUUCAUGCCACAAAAUAUGUUACACUUCAACGAACCAGCCUUUUCCAAGCCCCACUUUAGGCUUCGACAAUAUCAAUGAAGCAAAGGAAACGGUGGCAUGCAAAAGAGAACAACCUGCGAGGGCGCGUGAAGUUCACGCGCCACCGGAAUGGAAGCGCUACCGAGGCGUGCGGCGUAGACCAUGGGGAAAGUUUGCGGCAGAGAUAAGAGACCCAAAGAAGAACGGUGCAAGGGUUUGGCUUGGGACUUAUGAUACUGAAGAAGAAGCUGGGUUGGCUUAUGAUAGAGCUGCUUUCAAGAUGCGAGGAAACAAAGCUAAGUUAAAUUUUCCUCACCUUAUUGGAUCUGAUGUGCCUUCCAAGUCCAUGAAAACGCUUAAGAUUUCGAAGCAACAAACUUUGAAAUCUUAUUUAUCAUUUUCAUCGAAUUCAGAAACACAAAAGUUACCGAUGAGGAAGAAGAAUUUGGCCAAUCUGUUGAACAAGUUGGCCAAAAAUACAAAACAAAUUAAGGUGUUUAGAAUGAGUUUACAAGCAAACGGUGUUGAUGUUGAUUAA